AGAGAGAUGGUCGACAUCAUAUACUUUGACUUCCAAAAGGCCUUUGAUCUGAUAUCCCAUGGUGUUCUCAUGGGAAAAUUGGAGGAUUGUGGGCUUAACUGCUGGUUAGGUGAGUAGGAAACUGGCUGCGAGGCUGGACCCAGAGAGUUUUUCUGAAUGGAUCUGUGGCGUCCUGGCGAGAAGUGGUCAGUGGUGUCCCUCAGGCGUCGGUGCUCAGUCCAGUGCUUUUCAACAUCUUUAUCAAUGACUGGAAUAUGGGGUGGCAGCAGGACGUUAACUUCAACAGCGACACGGAGCUGGGGGAGCCUAUCGCCAAGUCCUGGAACAGCCUGAAGGGGGAGCUGGAGCUCAGAAGGGGCGAAGUGGACAGGUUCUGCCGACACAACUACGGGGUGUUGGAGAACUUUAUCAACACGCACAAAGUGAAGCCCAAGGUGAAAGUCUCCCCAACAAAAUCAGGGGCCCAGGCCCACCCAGACACACUGAUUUGCUCCGUGACGGGGUUUUUGCCCGGCAGGAUCAAGGUGAAAUGGUUGAAGAAUGGGCAGGAGCAGACGGCCGGAGUGGUGUCCACGGAGCUGAUGCAGAACGGAGACUGGACCUUCCAGAUCCUGGUGAUGCUGGAAAUGACCCCCCGGAGCGGGGACGCCUACACCUGCCAGGUGGAGCACAGCAGCCUGCCGGACCCUGUCACUGUGCUCUGGGAGGCGCAGUCAGACUCAGCCAGGAGCAAGAUGCUGACGGGGGUCGGGGGCUUUGUGCUGGGACUAAUCUUCCUGGCACUGGGUCUCCUCGUCUACCUGAGGAACAAGAAAGGCCGCCCCGUUCCCCAGCCAACAGGGCUCCUCAGUUAGAUCCUGCAGCUUCGGGGCCUGCAUUUCCCAGCGUGAUUCUCCAGCCCCGUCUCCUGGCACCUGUCCCUGUGUCUGGAGCUCUUCUCACUUUCCCUCCAUCCUCACCUGGAUCCCUGGGGUUGACUCCUCAGAGUUAACCCUUUAUCUGCCUACGCCUGCACCACAUCUGCACUCAGAAAUGCUACUGCUUUUGGGGGGACCUUCAUGGGACUCUGAUCUGAGACACGGGGAGCUGUAACAAGGCCAUUUCCAGCAGUUGUCACAGCCCUCUGGAAUGAGACUCCCGUGGGCCCCAACUUAAGCUAAUAUGCCCCAGGAAGGACCAGUAUCACCCUCAGCCUGAGCAGUGGAAGCGUGUUAUUAGGAAAGGACAGGAUGGAGGAGCCCAGUGAUACCCAGGGAACACGUGCUCUACCCUUGGGCCAGGGUGGUUCUGGGGGGUCUCUGAGCUUGUAGGUAGGAGUGGCCUGGGGUCCCAGUGUGUCCUUUGGGGCUGUUGGAUAGAAGCAGGUGGGGGUUGGAUCAGGUGCAUUGAAACAUGGGCUGGAGCUUGUGCUAUUGUAAUUGCUCCUGCUACUGCUCUGGAUCACUCCUUUGGGAUUGGGAAAGAGCAACUUUCUGCCUUUCUGUGGAAUGACAGUGUUUCUGAC